CCGGACAACACGUGUUCCUACUUUACUGUUUUGGUCGUGUAGUCAUUUUGUGUUCAGAGUCUUUAAUUAUUAAAUAGAUUCAAAUUGAAAAUUUCGCCUUCGACUUCCUCAGGAAGUAUAAAGGUAGAUUAUAUUACAGAUCAGUAUAUGACAAUGGCGCAGAGGAAGAAGAGGUUGUGGAAGAAGAAGAAGCUUUCAGGAAACAGGGAGCCUGAUGUUGACUCAGAUGGAGGAGAUUUCGAGCUGGCGGCUGAAAUUAAAGACGACGUUGUAUUUGGUAAAAAGCUGCCUCGCUUCCCCACGUCUACUGAUUGCCUGUCGGAUGUAGAACCAGACACCAGAGAGAUGGUGCGUGCUCAGAACAAGAAAAAGAAAAAGUCCGGAGGCUUUCAGUCCAUGGGUCUCAGCUAUCCUGUCUAUAAAGGGGUCAUGAAGAAGGGCUACAAUAUUCCGACUCCCAUCCAAAGAAAAACUAUCCCCGUCAUCCUGGAUGGGAAAGACGUCGUCGCCAUGGCGAGGACAGGAAGCGGCAAGACGGCUGCGUUCUUGGUGCCCAUGUUCGAGAGGUUGAAGGGACCUCAAGCUCAAACAGGUGCCAGAGCUGUGGUUCUCACACCCACCAGAGAGCUGGCACUACAGACCAUGAAGUUCACUAAAGAGCUCGGCAGGUUUACUGGUCUAAAAACCGCACUAAUCCUUGGUGGAGACAGCAUGGACGAUCAGUUUGCUGCUCUGCACGAAAAUCCAGACAUCAUCAUCGGUACUCCUGGCCGUCUGAUGCACGUCAUCAUGGAAAUGAACCUCAAACUGCAGAAUGUGGAGUAUGUGGUGUUUGACGAGGCUGAUCGACUCUUUGAAAUGGGUUUCACCGACCAACUGCAGGAGAUCAUCAGACGACUCCCCGAAACUCGGCAGACGCUGUUGUUCUCCGCCACGUUGCCCAAACUGCUUGUGGAAUUUGCGAGAGCUGGAUUGACAGAUCCAGUCUUGAUCCGGCUUGAUGUCGACAGUAAGCUCAGCGAACAGUUAAAGCUCUCGUUCUUUCACCUGCGUCUGGAUGACAAACCUGCACUGCUGCUGUAUCUUCUGCGGAAUGUCGUAAAGCCGCAGGAGCAGACGGUCGUAUUUGUAGCAACCAAACACCACGUGGAAUACCUCAACCAGCUGCUAACUUCGCAAGGAAUCGAGUGCGCGUACAUAUACAGCGCUUUGGACCAGACGGCCAGAAAGAUCAACAUCGGUCGAUUUGUGCACCGGAAAGCAAUGGUGCUGCUGGUGACGGACGUGGCAGCGCGCGGUAUCGACAUCCCCCUCCUGGACAAUGUCAUCAAUUACAACUUCCCCUCCAAGGCCAAGCUCUUUCUACAUAGAGUUGGCCGUGUAGCCCGUGCUGGCAGAAGUGGUAGAGCCUUCAGCCUGAUCUGCCUGGAUGAAGUGCCCUUUGUUUACGACCUUCAUCUUUUUCUUGGACGAUCUUUGCACCUCGCAACAGUUGAUCACUCAGAUGAUGCCGACGGAGUACUUGGCCGCGUCCCUCAGAGCAUCUUGGAUGACGAAGACUCGCAUGUCCUAGCGGCUCAUGAGAACAGUCUAGAUCUCCAGAACCUCAAAAGGAUCUCUGAGAACGCUUACAAGCAGUACCUGAAGUCCCGACCCAACCCUUCACCAGAGUCUAUCAAGCGGGUGAAGAACAACGAUCUCUCCUCCAUAGCUGUUCACCCAUUACUCGGGUCAGGACUUGAGGAGAUGGAGUUGGAGAGACUGCAGAUGGUCGACUCGAUCAAGGCAUACAAGUCAAAAUCUACUAUAUUUGAGAUCAACUCCAACAACAAAACCAGUGCCAGCGAGGUCAUGAGGACGAAGCGUUCUCGAGACGGCCGUCUGGUGGACAGAUUCCAGAAGACAAGAGACGAGAUGAAGGCAGAGGCUCAGCAGAACCGCUCGGUUAUUCAGAGCUCUGCUACAACCCAGCAGCACCAGGGGGAGGAAGAGGAUGAUGAAGACCUUCAGGGAGUGUUUUCCAAAGUAGUUGGCGGAAAGAAACGGAAACAGGACUUCGACGGACCUAAGAGCAAAAAGAAGAGGCACUCGGGUCGAGACGAAGAGUUUUACAUCCCUUACAGACCCAAAGAUUUUGAAUCAGAAAGAGGACUCAGUCUUGCAGUAGAAGGCAACUCGUUUGAUCAGCAGGCCUCCUCAGCUGUUCUGGAUCUGAUGGGUGACGAGAACACCACGCUGGACCAGCACACAAAAAUGAUGAGAUGGGAUCGCAAGAGAAAACGCUUCGUCCAUGAUACGGGAAAAGAAGACAAAAAGAACAAAAUCAAAACAGAGAGUGGCCAAGUGGUCAGUGCCAAGAAGUCGAAGAAGAGCUUUUAUGAGGAGUGGAAGAAGAAAUACAAGGUGGACGAUGCAGAUGAUUCAGACGGUGAGAAUGGAGGAGGAAGAGGACCGAAAUUCGGAGGUCACAGAGGUCGACACGGAGCGGCCUCUCAGCCCAAGAACAAGGAUGGCUCGAGGGUUCGUUCAGAGCUGAAGAGCAGCGAACAGAUCCUGAAACAACGCAAAGAACGCUCCAAGCAGCAGUUCCUGCAAAGCGGCAACUUGAAGAAGAUGCGUGGCCGAAACAAGCAGCGAUUAAACGACGUCAUGAAGUCCGGCUUUGGCCGCGGACGCUUCAAAAAAGGCAAGAUGAGGAAGAGGCUGUAAUAGCUCUUGGGGGUCGAAACUCAACAAACCAGAUUUAAGAGACAAGUUUUUAAAAAAAACAUCUUGGUGACUUAUUUUUGUGGAUAAAGUAAGUGAAGUUGUCUGCAGUGUCAUGAAUUUCUUUAGAAUUUUAUUUUAUUUUUUUUUGCAAUUUUCAUAAUUUGAGCAAAUGGUAAAGGAAUAGCUAUAUAAAGCUAUAUGACCAUUUCUCAGGAAACCGAGACACUCUGUUUUUAAAAAAAAAAAAAAAAAGGUCUACAAUUCAAGCAAAGUUUGACAUGAUCUAGCCUUCUCAAGGAAUUUUUGUGAGCUACAUUAUAAAAAUGUCAGAUUUUUGAUAUAUACAUGUGUAUUUUGAAGUCUGUGACAAAUACAGAUGCUAAUGACAAGAAUUAACAUCUUUCCUGUGUGUUUCCCUAAAUGUCAAAAAAGGACAAAACGAAAGCUGUUAAACUGAACACAAAUCAUGGACAUGAUCAGGACUGCAGGGUUUAGACACUAGGUGGCAGCAGUUACACCGAAUAGACUUGAUGCUAAAGCUCACCGCUUUACAGAAUGACUUCCAUCUCCAGCCAAAAUACUAUAUAUAUAUAUAUAUUUAAAUCUAAUCUCCGGUUUUUGUUUCUUCUUUUCCAACAAAAGAUCAUUUAAAAGAAAAAAAUCACUCUGUACUUCUAUAAAUGAGGAUGUUUUCACAACAAAGAUCAAAACAAGCAUAUGUGAGUGUCGAGGGACGUGUUGGUGGGGAAACUAAAAAUUCCUUCAGAGGAAGACGAGACUGAGGCUGUUGUUUCCUCAGCCCAAGUAUGCAGCCAGUUGCAGGACACAUGUUGAAAGCUGUGGUCCAUAUGGAUGCAGUUAGUUUAAUUCAUUCUUGUUAUCGCUAGGUUAUCUGUGCCAUAUCUGAGCUAUACCCCAUGUCUGAUUUAACCCGUUAAUGAUUAGUGAACGCCUGUUUGACUCUGACCUACAGCAGUACUGGUAAAAACGACUGGUAAAAACAGCUGCUUUGGCCUGUGUGCUGGUAGAAGCUUGUGAUGAUCGUGAUCGUUUGCCAGUCUGUAAACUAAAUCAAGUUGCUUGUAAAUCUAAACAAGCUUGUUUGCUGUCUAACGUUAAUCACAGUUGUCUUCAGUGACAAGUUACAGAAGGAAACAUCUAACACCGGACGUUAUUAAAGUUGUACUCAUUGCAGAUGUGGUUAGUUAUUAAACGUGGUUAGCAAACUUGC